UUCAUAGAAUAUGAUCGGAGAUCUCAUAACGAUGCUAUUUUGCAUUAAACUUAUCGGAAUAUUGCUAACCGCUGGCAACUAAUUAUGAUUCUUCAUCGAACACCGUAUUCAUCGUUAAAAAUAGGAUGAAUUCGUUUGAGGAUGACAUGUUUGCACUUAGCGACGAAGAUUUGCCAAUACAGACACCGAUAUGUAAUCCCGUGGAGGAGCAUUUAAUGAAACAGCUUUCUUAUGUGCAAGCUCGAAUCGAGAGAACGAACAACGAUAUCAAAGAUGUCCAAGACACGACCAGGCGUAUUCUGCAGACGUUGCAGUAUCAAGCUCAGUAUGGAGAAAAUGAAAUUUCGGAUUCUGACAGUGACCUGUACACUAUCGAUAGGCAACCAGUGGUGAAAAAGAAACGGAGAGUUGAAAAACCUAAUGAAAUUCUGAUUGUAAAAAGUUAUUGGAAACGCAUUCUUUGGGAUAAAUGGGUCACUGGUGUGAUUCUGCAAAACACUUCGACGCAAGUGCUGUACGAUCCCCAGAUUUACAUUGAUCUGAAGGGAUACGAUGAAAUUGCCGCUUCGUCCAAGUUUUGGUCCGUAGUGAAUGGCAUAGUUUGCUACCAGACCGACGUGAUUCAGUCGCGACAAGAAGUUGUGGCCACAAUCGUUCUCGAUCUACCAAAGUUCGAGGAGGACUCUUUUUGCGAUGCUUACGGAAUGAUUUCGUACCAAGUAAACGAGAAACAGUAUCAAACCCCUGUGCCCACUAUACGACUCCUUGCCGAAGAGACGGUCGAUAACAAUUGCGGAAUCAAAUUUUCGAAUAAUAUAGAGCACAGUAUUUUAGCACUGAAAAGUACAUCGAUCGAGAAAACGGUUGGUAUACAAAUCGAACAUCAUCCUGGAAGGGGUGAGCGUCUUUUGGGAUUUUUAGAAGAGAAAUCAUUCGAGGAAAUCUGCGCGGACGUGUACGUCGUAAAAACGACCGGAACUCUAGUAUUUUGCUUAAUAGAAAUACUCCCCAUAGUCGAGGGGGAAGCCAGAUUAAGAAUUUUUUCAAGAUCUGGUAGUCAAAUGAACAUAAUGUUACGACUUCUACGGGACCAGUUUCCAGACAUGACCGUUCAGGACAACGAUAAUGGCGUUCACGCAGCAAUUUCUCUAUUAGAAGAAUUAAAAUUAUAUCUACGAAACGGUAGUACCUCCGAGCAGCAAAUGGCAAGAAUUAAAACUGAUCUGUUUGUCAUUCAAUGA